AUGUUCCGAAUGAGGCCACGGCUCUUUCUUUUUCGAAUACCCUUUCGUGCCAGUCAUUCUUUUUCCCAGAGCGAUGCCAACAACGUAAAUGUUCGCCAUGUGAGAUUUAAACGACCUUGGUUUAAAAAGUUUGUUACUACAUGUCUGCUAUAUGGGACCGCAUUUCAUAUCUGGGGUUCUUUUGUCCUUGGGGAAUACGAUAAGAUGCUUGAAAGCGCACCAGAUGAGGUUCUUCCCGAGAAAGACGUACCAGAAAAUAAAGUUACGGCCACUGAACGAACUGUGCGCCGUCCGGAGGAGGCUGCGGCCUCAGAUCCUUUUUUCAUUCCUUUGGGUUGGCCGCGCCUGCGUGAAGGCAAGUUCUAUUCCUCGUCGGACCCGGAGUGGAGAGAGUUCGUUCGUAUGUCUCGGGAUGGAAGGAAGCUCGAGUCGCUGAAAGAUGACCUAGCAACCAUAGCUCUGCGCAAUGCAUCCGCAUCAAACAUACUUCUUCAACUUCUUGGUGGACCGCUGACCAUGACCGGUUUCUGGCUCGUUCACCACUUCCCGUCUCGUGCCCCACCUGAAUAUGCAUUGUCAGGGUUAGAAAUAGCUGAUACUGAACUUUCGUGGGCCGUGAGACCGGUGUCCUCAGAUACCGGUGAUCGUAUCCGAAAAUGCAUGAAGCCUCUCUUUGUGGCACUCGCUGCAAGAGACGCAUAUCUUGUCUUAAUGAAAAGACAGCUUUCGCGCAUCGGUUUCCAGGUGUCUGAUAAAAUUCAAUUCGGCACUGAUUCACUGGUCAUGCCGCCAUCCGGGACCGGGUUUACAGGGCUCAUUGACGGUUCCGCUGGUUUUCACAAAACGGGGUCUCAACUAUCUUUUGCGGAUGAGCCCCAUGGGAGAGUAACACAGCAAAACAACCUAUGGCUGAAUCCCUCGUCAAUUCUAUCCUCUCUUCAAUGGUUACCUCUGCCGAAUUUAGGUCCCGAGUCGGAUCUGCGUGCGGCUGCAGUAGCUUUUAAAUGGCGGUUACAUGAUUGCUGGGCUCGCGAGUUGCGCACUCCCCGCCGCGGCACCUUCUUUAUCGUCGGUCCAGUUGGUCUCAAAGGCCCCAAAGGAUUCUGUAGGAUCGAGGUUCGGGGCGAGUACGACCCGUCGACUUCUCGCUGGACGCAUGUUUCUAUGCAACUCAAAGACUUGAAUAUCUUCAAGCAGAGAGCUCUUGGUAGCCGAUGA